AAACCUGGCGCAUGCGUACACGAAAUAUAGAGUGUGACGUCAUCAGUGUGCGGCAGCGCGGAUCAUGGCGAGCAAAAAAAGCUUACUUCUCUCUUCUCUUGCGGCUUAUGGGGACGAUUCUGAGCAAGAUUCAGAUCCAGACAGCGAUGAUCAAGAUGUAUCAGAAUCUCACGGAGGAUUGGUGUCAGCCAGCUAUGGGCAGGAUGAUGUGAGCCGUGUGGAGGAAGGCGAUGAGAAGGUGUCAGAGAACGAAGACAGUGAUGACAGCACCAGAAAUUCAGAAGAGGAGUCAGACCCAGGACGAGCCCAAGAUGAUGUGAAGGAUGUCCUAGAAGGGGAGAUCAAAGAUCCAAAUGAGCUUGUUGCACAGUUUUCAGAGAAGGUUCGGAACAUGUCUCCUGAAGAGAUCAGAAUUCCUCCCGAACCACCUGGGCGCUGCUCCAGUCAUCUGCAGGAAAAGAUCUCUAAACUUUACGAGCGGAAACUCCAGGGAGACUUUGAUACAAACAACCAUAUUCAAAAGAAGAAAGAAUUUCGUAACCCAAGUAUUUAUGAGAAGCUCAUCCAGUAUUGCGGCAUUGAUGAGCUUGGAACCAAUUAUCCAAAAGACAUGUUUGACCCCCAUGGCUGGUCAGAGGAUUCCUAUUAUGAGUCAUUAGCCAAAGCUCAAAAAGUUGAGAUGGACAAGCUAGAAAAAGCCAAGAAGGAACGGACCAAGAUUGAGUUUGUGACGUGCACCAAAAAAGGCACCAAUACUAAUGCGGCGGCAAUGACCACGAACACCACAACAGCCUCAACAGAUGCCCAGAAGAGGAAAAGCAAGUGGGACUCAGCAGUUCCAGUGACCCUGGUACAACCUACCCUCCUGACCACCACUGCAACCCUCCCUGGAGUUGUCUCAGUCACAACAACAGCAAGCGGCACCAAGACCACGGUCAUCUCUGCAGUGGGAACCAUUCUUAAAAAAGCUAAGCAAUAAACAUGGACAUGGAAUUUUGCUUGCUUUCCAGAAGCAACUGGAGUAGAUGGGGUUUAUCUAUUUUCAGACCGAGAUGAAAACUGUUUCUUUAUUCUGGAGAUAUUUUCAUGAUGACAGAAUUAUACCACGAAACGGUCCAGCAUCUUUUUUUAACUUUGAUUGUUUCAUAUGCAUUCGUUUGACGUUUGUUCUCCUUCCCCAGAUGUUUUUAACUGAAUUGUACAGCUGUCGUAUAUUUCUGUUGCAGUAGAGUCGUCUGAAGUCUAAAAUAUUUUUUCAAAAAGGCAAUUCCUUGGCCGUAAUUGUUUUUCCUUCAAUAGUCAUUUAUUGUUUGAUAAACAGUUUGGGCAGCUCUGCUACUGCUUGUUUUCCAUUUGUAUUCAUUUGAACUGAAGGUAGGUCUCGCAUCAUGUAAAAUGUUCACAUGAGUAGUAAUUAUUAUUGCAUAAUUAACAGAUGAGUUUCUACUGCAUUACUCAUAAGAGGAACAAUUUAGCAGAAGUUCAUUUUCCUUUAUUCAAUUUUAACAAUGCAAAUAGGUCUUUUUUAAAUGUGAAUAUUUUGAGGCGACUCUGAUGUCUUCAGUAGCUCACCACCAUAAAAAUAAAAAUGUUUUUACAAUGAAAAA